UUUUCCAAUAAGUUUGUUUUAAAUGAAAAACUUUUGCUACUGUGCCUGCCCACUAAUUCUGACUGCUCAUUAUCUGAGCUUGAGACCUGGCCUUGCAGAAACUGUAGCCAGGAUGUGGUUAUGUCUCACUCAUAGAUUAAUUUUUUAAUAGGUAAAGUUCUUAUCUAAGAAUAUCUAGGGGGGCAGAUGGGCACAUACUCUGAACUUGCUGGCAAUGCGGUCCAUGGUAUAGCAUAGAGGAAGGAUCUAGAGACAAGGCCCCUGACCUCUGAGGAGCCAAUCAGAAUGCUCCAGCAGCUGCUUUAAAUUGAGAAUGCCCAACAGUUGCGAGGAAAAUCGCCAUCAAGACUGUGGCAUCCCUGCCACCGGGAACGUCUCUUGGAAAAUGAGUGGCUGCUACUCUUGAGGACAUGGAAAGUCAGGGGACUUAACGGACCCUCACAUUUAGUUCUCCAUACAUCCUUCCUCCUCCUCUUCAAAGAUUUAUAUUCCUGAGAAGGACUUGGUGGCGUUUCCACAGUUGUGGUAUAACGAUUUGGAGUUCUUCAUCAACCUGGGAUAACGUGGUUCAUUAAGAUGGACAACAAGGAACUGCCCACACUGUUGAAUCUUGCUAUACAGCAUCUACUGAAUAAUGAGCCUGCAGCAAUUCACGCUCUCGAGGAGAUCCCAAGGGAGCUGUUUGUUCCAUUGUUCUCUGCUGCCUUCAAGGGUGGGCAUAAGAAUAUAGUGAAAGCGAUGGUGAAGGUUUGGCCCUUUGUAUGUCUCCACAUUGGGUCAUUAAGGACACGGGAGUCCCAGCGGGAACUCCUGAAAGCCAUGGUCGAGAGUCUUCAGUUCCUACCUGUCCAGAACUCGGCUUCUAGGAGCCCUAAACUGAGGAUCCUAGAUUUAAGGCAGGAUGUUGGCUGCAAGAUCAUCUGCCCGGAGAGCAGUGCUAAGUCACCUGCCUGUUUUCACUCCUGUGCUUACUCUGAGCACUCUAUCUCGAAAAUCGAAGGACAGUGUAGUAUGGCAAGUUCAGAACCCAAGGCUCAGUCCUCCAAGCAGGCUAUGGAAUUAUUAGUGAACCUUUCCCUUGGUAGAACCUUAAGGGAAACUGAAUUUUUGGUUCUGCUUCUGAAUAAAGUAGAGCAGAGCUCAGGCUCUUUGCACCUGUGCUGCCGUGAUUUGCAAAUAGACAAAUUGUGUGACUGUAGAAACACCCUACAUCAUCUGGAUCUGAAAUGUAUUGAUCACCUGGCAGUUGAUCAGGCUUCUCUGAGUGAGGUCACCACCCUUCUGGCUCAGGUGGUGCACCUGGACAGACUUUGUCUGUGUAAAAUCACUUGUAGAUCUUUGAAUGGGGAAGCCUUUCGAAAUUUUAUCUCUGAGCUUGGGCGUAUGGACCAUCUCAAUGAGCUCAACUUGUCCUCUUUCUGCCUCACAGAUCAUCUUGAAAAUGUCCUGAGAGUCCUACCAGCUAGUUUGGAAUUCUUACAUCUACCAUUCUGUGCACUUUCUUACAACGACUUCAAGUUUCUGUCUGAGUGCCCUCAAGCCAACCACUUAAAGCUCCUGAAUAUCAGCAACAACCCAAUGAACUGGGAAGAUAGUGAGCCCCUUUAUAACCUUUUGCAGAAUAACUCUAGCACCUUGCAACAUCUGGCAAUCAGUCAUUGUCUUUUAACAGACUCUACAAUCUCUGUUCUAAUCUCUGCACUAAGUCGCUGUUCUCAACUCCGAAUCCUCAACUUUUCCUCUAAUCCAGUUACCAUGACUAUGCUAAUGAGAAUUCUUGAGCACUUAACAUCCUUGGUGCAGCUUAAAUAUGUGUUUUAUCCUAUCCCCGUGCAUUGCUAUGGGAGAUGGCACUUUCAGGACAGUUUAGAUCGACAGAAGCUUGCUGAUGUGCAGGCACAAUUGAAAAGAAUGCUACAAGAGGCGGAAAGGAAUGACAUGCAUUGGAUCACUUUCUCUGAUUAAAUUUACAGUCCAACACAUUUUCACUUGAUAUGUUCCCUUUAAGUAUUAAAUGUUUUUUCUUGAUCCCAUUGACUGACUAUAUAAGGUUAUUAUGUUGUAGCAAAAUACAGUUAAAUAUAGGUAUGUAACUGAUUUCUAUAGAGAAUAACUUAGAAGAAGAUGGAGGACUCUGAGAGUGUCUGUGAGUCUCUUGACUAUUGUUCUUGAUAGUACUUCAUCCUAUCUACUAAAGUUUUAGGUAGAAGAGUUGGAAAGACUACAUCAUAAAUUACCACAGCCUUGUCCUCACUGAGAUUUACUUCUGGGCACUUGACACCAGACAUGACACUCUAACUUUUCCUGGGUAUGCUUUUGGAGGGCAGGUGGUUAUUGAAACCGAUGCUUUUAUCCACUGAGUUGUAUUAAGCUUCUUUAUUAAGAUGUUUUCAGUUGCUUAUAGGAAACCAUCUGGAUUUAACAGUGAGAAAAAGAAUCUGUGCCCAUUACCCAUUGAAUGGCUCAGUUUUUCUUUAUUUCAUACUCAUUUACCAAGGAUCGGUUUGCGAUAUUAUUGUAGGCAGCAAGAAUGAACUGACAAACAAGACAGGGUCCCUGUCUCAAGCCACUCAGAGUCUGAAUGUUUCUGUGGUUUAUCUAUUCCUCCACUGUUCAUUAGUGCAUAGAAGAAAGUUGUUUUACACUCUUGGACCCCGAUUUAUCUUCCUUGUUCUUGUUACAUGGUCUGUUCAAUGCAAAGUGAACUCUAUGAUGUUGACUCUUCUCAACAGAAUUCAUGGAUUCAAUGUUACCAUCUUGGAGGCUUUCUCAAACAUCUGCUUGA